GACAUUUAAUUGUUGCAUUAUCUUUGACGUCUCUGGUUAUGAUUUGGAAUGCCUUUGAAUUGCAUAAGUAAUUAUUUCAGGUUAUGUGAAUCAGAAGCAAGCACUUGUUAUUUUCAGUGAGCCUGUGUUUCAGUAUUUCGAACCGGAGGUGAUUAGUGUUUAAACAAACAUAUUAGUACAAAUUACGUACCUAUGCUGUCCGUUAGUUACGAGAAAUACCAGAUCGAUGUGUAUGUACGUCAUCUGCUUGCUGUUUACGUCCUGUCCGAUAAAAUUGCUAAAUGUCUCCCGUGAGUUAGCGAAAGAACCGGCUGAAAUUUUGACAUGUUGUCUGAAAUUACCGGAAACGUUUCUGUAAAUGGUAUGGUAGAUAGAGAAAGUGAAGGUCAGUGUGAAAUACUUCGUGAUUGACAGAAAGAAGGCGCUUAAUGAAGUUCGCACACCCGCUACAAUGUUAUUGUUAUAUGGACUUUCGUUGUGCAUGCUAUGUUCGGUAACAAUAGUUGUGUAGGGAUGACUAGGGGCAGUAAUAAAGUUCACUGUAAUCCGUUGCGUAGCUCGUCCAGGUUGUAGCGUGAACAGUUGUAUUGUCGAUACAUCCGAUUUCAUUUGCCCAUGUUAAGACAGAAUUUCAGGGAUUGAUUAUGUUGGGAUGAAAGAGAGUGCUGUACAUGUGUUGCGUUUUCCGUUGGUUUUCAAUGUGCCUAUGUGCUCCAUAGCGUAGCAAAUAGUGUUAACUUCUUAUUGUAGUAAUGUGCACGUUGAAAUCUAUUUUUGUGCAAGAGUAGUGCAUCACCUUUCUGGAAGGAUAUGGAAAAUGUAAUUGACUGUGUAAGGCAUAAUGGGUGUGUGUAUUUGCCACUGCCAAAAUACGGCACAUCAGAACUCCAUAGAAGAUUGUCUCGGAUACUCUUAUUGGCUUAAGAUUGCAAUCAUGGACUGCAAGGGAACUAAUUGGCUGAAAAAAGAGAACAAUGAAGUAUAUGCUGACUCAGGCUCCUUGUUUCUUGAAGAUCCACUAAUGAUGCCUAGUCUUCUUAUAAAGCAUGACCCAGAACUGAAACAGGAUUUGGAUGGCACUGAACAUGAUUUUUUUGAAGAUGACUUAGGGAUCUCGUGGCCAAAUGAUUUUAUCAAGGAGGAUCCUGAACUAAAUUUGGAGGUGGAUGAAACUGAGAAUACUGUGGCAGCCUCAAUAAGAAAUGCAUCUGAUAGUACGAGUUGCAUUCAAAGUGCUGGUGAGAGCUGUGACAUUUCAUUUCAAGAAACAUUACAUCAAGGAGUAGUCAACGACGAGCUGGAGAUAGAUGCAGAGAAGUCAACAGAUUUCACUGUGUGCGGUAGCUAUACCAAAAUAUCGAUUUCACAAGAAGAUAGCUUAUUCAGCAUGAGAUGUAGUCAUAGCAUUAGGGAAAAGGAUUUUCACAGGUUCAACUGUAAUUUCUGCCUGAAGAGCUUCCCAUCCAAAUACAGACUCAUAAUGCAUGUCUUCAACCACAUUGAUGGUGUGCAGGCACCUGCAUAUGUGUGUAAGUCAUGUGGUGAGGUAUUGCCCACUGAUGACUGCUUGAAAAAACAUUUGAUAAUGAGUAACGGUGACCAAGCAUUAUCUGCUGCCAACAGUGAGGUAUUUGACUGCAGUGAUGACCAUGAAAACAAUAUCUCCUUGGAGAGUGUACGAGAAGGAAGCAUGGAAAUGACCGAGAAGCAGUCUUCAUCCAAGGAAAGUAGGAAAACUUUGAAGAAAUCCUUCAAUGAUGUAUAUAAUACACAUACUGUGACACAAGCUGCCGAGAAACCCGAAAGAUGUAAUGAUGGAAUGUUAUCUACAAGAAGUUUGAUAAUGUCAAUGUCCACAGCGUGCUAAGUUCAAAGAGAUGUCACAGAUGUGAUGUUUGUGCUAAGUUGUUCACUCUGUUAAGUAGUCUAAAGAGACACAAAUUAAUACACACUGGUAAGAGACCUCACGAAUGCGACGUUUGCGGCAAAUCUUUUAGUCGUUUUAGUAAUCUAAAGGUCCAUGACUUAAUACACACUGGUAGGAGACCUUACAAAUGUAGUGUUUGUGGAAAAUCUUUUACUCAUUCCAGCAAUCUGAAGAGACACGAAUUAAUACACACAGGAAAGAGACCUCAUAAAUGUGAUGUUUGCGGCAAAGCUUUCACUACAUUGUACGAUCUGAAGCCCCAUGUGUUAAUGCACACUGGAAAGGGACCCUACAAAUGUAGUGUUUGUGGAAAAUCGUUUGUUAAUUCUGGCAAUCUCAAGACACACGAAUUAAGACACACUGGAAGCAGACCCUACAAAUGUAGUGUAUGUGGAAAAUCCUUUAAUCAUUCAGGCCAUCGUAAGACACAUGAAUUCAUACACACAGGAAAGAGACCGUACAAAUGUGAUACUUGUGGCAAACGUUUUAAUGCAUUGUCCAAUCUAAAGUGCCACGUCUUAAUACACACUGGAGAUAGUCCCUUUCAAAUGUAGUGUUUGAGGAAAAUUGUUUACUCAUCCGAGUAAUCUGAAGGCACAAAAUUAGUACACACUGGACCAAGACUACACUAAUGUAAUGUUGGUGACAAAUUUUUUUUCUUACUGGAUCAUCUGAAGAAACAAUUGUUAAUACAUGCAGGGAAGAGAUAAAUGUUUUACUCUGCUACUCUCAAGUAACAAUAUUAGUACACACUACAGAACGACCGUAUGUAGCGCUUGUGGAAAAGAGUUAAACCAUUCCAGUAUUUUCAAAACACAGGAGUUACUACACAAUAAAAAGGGCUACACAGAUAUAUUUCUGGGAAAUCUUUUAGUCAGGUUGAUCGUUUUAAGAAGGUUGCUAUAAUACACACUUAGUAUAGACCAUUCAAAGAACUGUCGAGGGCUCUAGUGUUACACAUGUUGAAAGACCACACAUGUGUUAUGAAAAUUGUUCGCAUCUGCUAGAGAGAGGUCAUAAAAAUGACACAUCCAUUUCUGCUUCUUGACGUUUCAAGAAGAUGCAGAAUAAAUACUACAUAUGAAUCACACACUUGUUUUUUUGUGACAAAUGGUCCAUGCCUUAAUGAACUGGCUACCAGAAAUUUGUGCGGUGAGAGAUAUCUUUUACUCAUUUGGGUAGAAGUUCCAAAUAGUAAUCAGGACCCCAUCUUCAUCGUGAGAAUGAAACAAUAUGUUGCCAUUUUUUUUAAAGAUACGCCAAUUCAUGAUUCAUGAAGCUGUAUGCACUAGCCAGGUGACAGCUAAGGUGUGCUUAUUACAUAUUCUUCACUCAGGGUAUUUAUCUGAACAAUGGAGAAAGAUACAAAAAUCUCAUGAUUAUGUAAGCAUUUUACUGAGGUAUGCUUCUUUAAUAGUUGCUAUUUGUGAAGUUGAUAAUCUGCACACAUGUGAACUGUUUGGUGCUAGUUCCCCAUUAGGAAAUAACUGAUGGUGGUGAGUAUGUAGUGAUAAGCCAAAAAUUUUGAUCAUCUGCCUAGUAGCCUUUUGAUCCACCUUCAUAAUGCAAUACAUCAUCACUUCUGCAUGGUGUGGACUCAUUAGUUCUUUGUUAGUUUUCCAGUAGUAUAUUGGAUUACGUGUUGAAACAUAGAUCACACUGUACGCAUAAGUUGUAGGCUGUUGGUCUGUUGCUGUGUAGACAGUGUGCAAUAGCAUCCCAAAUUCGUUACAUCAUGAUCUAAUGGGUUGAACUAGGUGGGCAAGACAAGUGUGAACUAUCAUACUGGUCAGACCAUUGUAGUGUCAUUCUGACCCUGUGACCUGGUUAGUAAUCCUGCAGAAAGAUGAUGCCACUGUCAGGGAAGUGAUAAAGAGGUUGCAAUAAUGUUAGUAUUAUACGCAGCUGUCAUGAUGCUUUCAGUUAUGACCUGCUUUUUGUUGGUAUCUCAUAUGAAUAUCCCCCAUAGCAUGACAUUGCCUUUAUCUUCCUGCAUCUGUUGUUUGGUACAUGUUUUGAAUAACCACUCAUCUGGAUGAUGGCAUAUCUGGGCACAACCAUUGACCUCGUCGAAAAAGAAAUGUCUCUUAUGCCAACAUGUGACACAUCUCUCUAGGUAUGCAGUCAAAUCUCAAUUAUUGCAUUUCCACUGCUGCUGUAACUGACAAUGUUGUUAGAUCAACAUUAGAAUACAAAGCUGUUACAUAACUUGGGGCCUCAUUCUCGACAAUGUCUGCUGAAUUGCUUGAGUCUUGAGAAUGCUCAAGCAUUAUCUCCUGUCUUCAUAGACUGACAUCGAUCCCACUUUACAGAGCAGCCAGACUCUGAUCUCCCAUUCUCUAGGUAAAGCACAAGCAUCCUGUACCUUCUUGUCAACUUGUGGUUUCACUAUCUUUCAACGAUGUUCCAUAGAGGCUCACAAUAGGAGCACAUAAGCAUCCAACCAGAUUCGCUGUUAGUGAGAUGCAAUUACCCAGGUACCAGACAAAACCGUCUGCUCUUUGGCAAAGUUAUUUGUCUGUUGUUUUUCACAGACUGUUGCUAGAAUGAUUAUGCAUUCAUCUCUGCUUACACAGCUUCAUUAAUAUGUGAUAUACCCACAAUGCCACUGGGCAGCAUACAGCCCUCCUAUGGAAGUGGAUAUAAUGAUUUGGAUCAAAAGUGUAUAUUCAUGCAAAAGGGUCAUUUGGUAAAUUUUGUAGUAAUUCAAAGUUUCAUGCUUUUUUAAAGUUCAUAUCAAUACACUACUGGCCAUUUGAGCUGUAUUUCUUGUGAAAUAUGUUUGUAUAGUACAAAGCUCUGUACAUAAUUCUAAGUUAAUGAAGAGUAGUUUUAUGCAUAUAGUCUUUCAAUUAUUUGUCUGUUUCUAAUUAUCAUGUAACUGCUGCACAAACAUAUGUGGGAAAACUAUGUCAUCAUGUAGUGUCAGAUUAUAAUUCCAAUUGUAUAAAACACAAGGACAACCGAAACAGCUCAAAAUGUGAUUACUAAAAUUUAAAUUUAAUCCAAAUGCAUAAUUUUUAUUGUAAUAAGUAAAUAUAGCAAAUGUGCUUUCUUUCUAAUUUCUUUGUUCUCAUUUUAUUUCUUUUUAGUUGUCUUCUUUCAUCUACUUUAAACAUGAUUGCAUAGUGUGUAUUUUCCUUUAUUUUUAUAAUAAAUGUGAGGUUUCAGAAAACAUUACUAAUGCUUUGUCUCAUA